UGUUGUUUUAUGGAGGGGUUGAUGUGGUCCAGAUUGUUGCUGCCAACUGAGACUGUCUCACUUCACCUCCAAGCUUCUCGUCAUUCAAAACAAACGGCCGCCGACAGUUACACAGAAUCCAGUCUGCUCCCGGGACAGCGCAGAUUAACCUCUCAGACCCCUCGGACUCUGAACAUCUAAGACGUCUCUCCAUCUGAAGCAGCAGCCCCUGUAGAGCAGAGCAGCUGGAAGUCUCUACUCUCAUUUCAAGAAGAGGAGAAGGAGGAGAUCACGUCUGGAUACAUAGAGAAGAAGAGCAGAGGGGAGGCUCAUCCGGGUUUUCGGGAUCUUUCGGAAGAACGUGAGCAGCUCCACUAUGAGGAGUGUGACCGUCAUCACUCUCCAUUUAGCAGUCACAGUUCUUCUGUGUCUCUGCGGUGACGUGAGCUGCCUGGAAAUCACGCCACAUGACGGCCAGCUCGUCCUGACUGCGGGCUCUUCUCUCACGCUCACCUGCAGGGGCUCAGGGGAGACCACCUGGGAGUUCAAGAGGGAUGAUGUUCCUUAUUUCCAGGUGGAACAGGGGCAAAGUGGAGUGCAGAGCCACCAAAUUGUGCCAAAUGGCAUCCGAUCCAGUGUUUUGAACCUGUGGAACGUAAGCUGGAAGCACACUGGGGUGUAUCAGUGCAUUGAUCGGCACACUGGAGAAAAGAAGGAGGUGGAUGUGUUUGUCCCAGACCCCCAGGUAUGGUUUGUUGAAAGCGCUCACGGCAUGCUGACCAAGACCAGUGAGCUGACCACCAUCCCAUGUGUGGUCAGCGAUCCCAAGAUCAACGUCUCCCUCUACGAGAAGGAAACUGACCUCCCAAUCAAGGGCCGCUAUGUCCCCAGUGAGGGGUACACUGCAGCCCUAGAGGACAGAACGUACGUGUGUCGCGGAAAGAUGAACGGCGAGGUCAAAGAGUCCCAGGCUUUCUACGUUAUCAGUAUCUUCGUCCCGGAGGCCAUCGACGCCUACGUCAACGCGUCAAAGACGGUGCUGAAACUAGGCGAGCCGCUGACGGUCAACUGCACCGUGCACGGAGCCGAGCUGGUCUUUUUUAAGUGGGACGUCCCCAACAAGGAGGCUAAUGAUGUGGAACCACUAACUGACGUUCUGUCAGCCAUGAACAUGAGAUCCUGCCUCAUCUUCCCUCAAACUAGGCUGGCCCACAGCGGAAACUAUGUGUGCCAUGUUCACGAGGGUGUCCAGGACCAGACGGCCUCCGCCAGUGUCAACAUCACAGUCCUCGAACGAGGCUUUGUGGCCUUACGACCGGCUGAGAAUCGUCACAUUUCGGCCCGGCUGCAGGAGAACGUUGAGCUGAAGGUGGAGGUGGAGGCUUACCCUCCCCCUCAGGUUAGCUGGAGCAAAGACGGCACUGCCAUCAAAGGAGACAAAAUCAUCAUGUACAGACAGGAGCAUGAGAUCAGAUAUGUCAGCAUCCUCACGUUGGUGCGGGUGAGGCCAGAGCAGAGGGGGCUCUACACUGCCCGGGUCACCAAUGGAGAUGACUCCAAGGAAGUCACUUUUGACCUGGAAGUCCAAGUUCCCUCUCAGAUAAAAGAUCUGACUGACCUCCACCUUCCUGGGAAGAGACACCUUGUGACCUGUUUAGCUGAGGGGGUCCCGACCCCGACCAUACAGUGGUACAGCUGUGACAGCAUGCUCAAGUGCGACAACAAGACUACAAUAUGGCAACCGCUGGCACCAGAAACAGAAGUGCUGAGCAUUCAGACCAACGUCACUCACAGCGAGAGCCGUAAAACCAGUCAGGUGUGGAGCCGUCUGACCUUCCACAAGCCGCAGCAGGUCACAGUUCGUUGUGAAACCAGCAACCAGGCAGGGAAGGUGGACAGAAGAGACGUCAAACUGGUAUCCAGCACUCUCUUCUCCCAGGUGGCAAUAUUGGCAGCAGUCCUUGCCUUGGUGGUCAUCAUCAUCCUGUCCAUCAUCAUUCUCAUCGCCGUGUGGAGGAAGAAACCUCGCUACGAGAUUCGCUGGAAGGUGAUUGAGUCUGUGAGCCAGGAUGGUCAUGAGUACAUCUAUGUGGACCCCAUCCACUUGCCCUAUGACCUCACCUGGGAGAUGCCCAGAGACAACCUGGUGCUGGGUCGCACACUUGGAUCGGGAGCUUUUGGCAGGGUGGUUGAAGCCACUGCCUAUGGUCUCGCUCAUUCUCAGUCCAGCACAAAAGUGGCCGUGAAAAUGCUGAAAUCAACAGCCAGAAGGAGUGAGACUCAAGCCCUGAUGUCGGAGCUGAAAAUUAUGAGUCACCUUGGUCCCCAUCUCAACGUUGUCAACUUACUGGGAGCCUGCACCAAGCAUGGUCCUCUGUACCUGGUGACUGAGUACUGUCGCUAUGGCGACUUGGUGGACUACUUGCACAGAAACAAGCACACCUUCUUGCAGUAUUUUGCAGAGAAGAACCAAGAAGAAGACUACCUGAUCUCGAGGGGAAACAGUCCACUCAGUCAAGGGAAAGGCUACGUGUCAUUUGGAAGCGAGAGCGAUGGAGGUUACAUGGACAUGAGCAAAGACGAGCCUUCCAUCUACGUUCCCAUGCAGGAGCAGAUGGACUCUGUCAAGUAUGCCGACAUCCAGCCAUCUCCGUAUGAGUCCACCUACCAGCAAGACCUCUACCAGGAACAAGUUGGCAGCAGACUAGACCUGGUCAUCAGCGACUCGUCCACACUCACCUAUGAUGACCUGCUGGGUUUCAGCUUCCAAGUGGCUAAGGGCAUGGAGUUCCUGGCUUCCAAGAAUUGUGUUCAUCGUGACCUCGCCGCCAGGAAUGUAUUGAUCUGUGAGGGCAAACUGGUGAAGAUCUGUGACUUUGGACUGGCCAGAGACAUCAUGCAUGACUCCAACUACAUCUCCAAAGGCAGCACCUUCCUGCCCCUCAAGUGGAUGGCACCAGAAAGUAUUUUCCACAAUCUCUACACAACAUUGAGCGAUGUGUGGUCUUACGGCAUUCUUCUCUGGGAGAUUUUCACACUGGGAGGAACCCCAUACCCCGACCUGCCUAUGAAUGAGAUGUUCUACAGCGCCCUGAAGAGAGGCUACAGAAUGGCCAAACCUGCUCACGCCUCUGAUGAAGUCUAUGAGAUCAUGAAAAAGUGCUGGGACGAGAAGUUUGAGAAGAGACCCGAGUUCUCCUUCCUCGUUCAUUGCAUGGGCAACAUGCUGACUGAAAGCUACAAAAAGAGAUACAGCCAAGUCAGUGACAACUUCCUGAAGAGUGACCACCCAGCUGUGGCUCGCACAAAGCCACGCCUCACCUCCCCUUUUGCAGAAGCCAACUCCACGUUAAGCCCCUCCUCACCCUUCACCGUUUCCCAUCCUCCGGAGCCUCGCGGUUGGCACUCAAACUCGCAGGAGGCCGUGCCUUCGUACAACGACUACAUCAUACCCAUCCCGGACCCCAAGCCGGAAGAUGCUUUCGCUGACAUGGGGUCGGAAAGCCCAGCGAGCUCUGUAGCUCUGGAGGAGGAGACGGACUCGGUGUCUCAGGACACGGCCGAUACGCUUCCGGAGGACCGUCUAGAAGGGACCAGCGAGAGAGAUGCUCUGCUGGGCUUCUCGGGGACGCCUGAGGUAGAGGACAGCUUUCUGUAGUCGCAUUCAGGAAUCCUGGAAAAAGGGCAGGGGGACUUUUUCCUCCUAUUAUUAAACAGGCUGUAAAAAGGGAACGUGACUAAAGUAGAAUGUAGCAUCAUGGAGACUAAAAGGAGCUUUGUAUUUCCACUAAGCACUCGAGACGUUUUGAUCUUAGUCUGUAUCUAUUUUUUCAUUAUCACUCUUAAUACCUCUGAGUCCAGAGAGUCAGUAAUCAGCAUGCUUUUGUCAUUCUUAGAACGCCGCCACUGCACAGAUACGAUACAUUCUUUGCAAUAUUCCAUGGUACUGCCUGUAAUUACUGAAUUAUUUGUGACCUAUUAGCCAUGUCAAUGUUUUCACUAUAUUUGUUAGAAAGAUGAAUAUUCAUGUUGCAUACAAAUACUAUUUGAUAACCAUAGCUUAUCUAAAGAAACAAACAUAUUAGAAAAUGUUGAAAAUGCACGGUGAAAUGCAGAAUGAUUUUCUAUGCACUGUUUUGAUAUUUUAUAAUAAUCGGUGGUUCUAGUUAAAGAAGCUAAUGAGAACACUAUGAAAUAUUGUUGUCCUUUUGAAUGAUUUUCACAUUAUGUGUGUGUAUAUGCCUUCAUUCAUAGUUCUGUGCCAGAUUUGCACUUUAUGUUGGAAAUGUAUGUACUAUAUUCAUGAUCAAGGUACAUUUGAAAUAGUUGUACUACGUUCAUCUUGUUUUUCCUUUUUAAUUACUUCACUGGUUCUUUUAUAUCAAACAAAUUAUUUUAGGUGUGUUUACCUGACAUGUUUCGGCGGGUUCUUCCGCCUUCAUCAGAGUGUCACUGAUGUGGUUGUGACGCGUCUUUAUCAGCUGAUGGAUGAAGGCGUGGCUCACCUGUCAGAUUUGACAGUACAUUUGAAAUGUUCAUUCUUUUAAAAGAAGUUUAACCUGUAUAUCCUCGCUGGCAUUUGGUAAUGUUUAAGAAACUUUAUGACAAUGAACACCACAAUGGAAAACUAACAAAAUGGCAAACCGUAUAGAAAAAAAUUCAUGGACAAAUGUAUUGAGACAUGCGUCUUGGUUUUACACCUACAUCUUGAAUUUUCAGGAAACCAAAAUUGACAAAAACAUAGCUCAUAAAGCCUGCUUGGAUCAAACUUGGUGUGGAAGAUUUUAACUUCCUGUAUUGUACAUAAACAGUGAAGAAGGCAGGAAUACAAAUAUUGAUAUAAAAAAGGGGGGGGGAACACUAUAGAGACAGGCGAAAGAGAUUUAGGCGUCCGCCUGCCAGUGAGGAUGUGCGGUUGUUACACCGAGGAGAAGAAUAAAAACAGCGUAUCACUGCCUUUGCACAAAAAGAAACAAAACAGUGCCUUUGUUUUGUACAGUCUAUUCACUGUACAUAUUAUUGCUCAUUAUAAAGGGCUACUGUGCGCUAACGUCCUGUUCCCACCACUUUGUCCACCGUGUCCGACAACCACAAGCUAUGCUACCAAAGCUCUAUGUAACAUGACAAUAAAUGUGUCAGCAUACACUCUCUCA